AUGUCAAACUCGAUGCAAUUUAUGUUUAAUGAUUUAAAAUUAAGGACUUUUCAAGCAUCUGUUGUUUGUGCAAGUGACACAACAAAAAAAGUUCUCGCUUGUCUUGGUUGUGUUCAACGUGAGUUUACGGAUUUAGAUGAUGAAAAAAUGAUGCAAUUGGAACAAAAUAAAAUUCUUUUAUUUAAUUGUAAUGAAAUUGUUGAUUUCAAUAGUGGUGAUAUUAUUUUACCAACAAGAAUAACUUGUUAUUGUAGACAUCAUAAUGAAAAAGUUGGAUUUCGCAUAAAAGAUCAUACAAAUAAUAUUAUUGCAACAGGAAUGUCACCUCCUAUCAUGAUAACUGAUGAUCAUAAAUCAUCUAAAAUAAAAAAUGGAAUGGCAAAAAAACGUUUAAGAACUGAACAUGGUCAUAGUAAUACAAAUAAUUCAUCCAAAAAAAUUUUAAACGAUAGACAACACCAUAAACCUUCCUCUCCACUUCCUUCUUCCACCUCAUCUCCUUCUAGUAACGUUUAUAGGAACAACAACAACAGUAAUAAUUUAAUGAUGAGCAUCUCUCCAGCUGAAAUUCAACCAGAUUCUUCACUAAGGCUAUUCUCAAAAAUGAUCAUACCAGUACGUUGUUUUUCAUGUGGCAAAGUUAUUGGAAAUAAAUGGGACUUGUACCAAUCAUUAUUAGAAAAUGACUAUUUAGAAGGGGCUGCAAUGGAUGCUAUUGGACUUUCUCGUUAUUGUUGUCGCCGAAUGAUCCUAACACAUACGGAUUUAAUUUCAAAAUUACUACAAUAUAAUCCACAAGAAAGAAAUCGAGAAGAGUCUAGAGGACAAUUCCGUCAACAAUCGUCAAUUUUUCCGAUUAAUCGCGGACCUUCAAGUAGUGGCGGUACGCCAGCAAGACCUACAUAA